CCCCAUAAUUUUUUUAUUAUUUUCUUGGACCACGAAGUCUCUGAUAGAUUUGAGGAAUUUUUGCAAAAAUCAAAAUAAACAUUUUCCCCCAUAAUUUAUAGACAAAAGACAACAGCAACAAAAAUAUUGAUUAAUUGUAGCAAUUAAAUUGCAACAAAUAAAUUUGUAUUCGUCAGCGAAAAUAGAAAAGAAAGAUAUUUGAGUAAAAUGUCCUCAAGAGUUCUUAAGAAAUUGCAAGGUGGUGAUUUGGAAUUACAAGAUAAUGAAGAAGACGAUGAGCAGCCAAGUGAGGACGAGGAAGUAGAAACUCAACGGGCCAAGAAGAAUAACUUUUUUGAUUUGCUGAAUCAACAGAGUCUUUCCGAAAGUGAAGUUAAAGAAGAUGAUAAUGAAACUGAACAUGCCUCAGCGGCUAAUAAUUUGCCUGCUGGACCCUCCGCAUCUAAGAAGAAAAAGAAGAAGCGUAAGAAGAAGUCCAAGCAUACGGGAAAUCAUAUAAGUAGUGAAGAUAAUGAGCUCACCGAUAAAUACAUCAGUGAUAUUGAUCCUCUACUUAACAAGGUGUGUGAUGCAGCCACACAAGAUCCCAAAUUGGCCAUACCACGUAUAGAAAUCGAUAAGUCGUUGUUUGCCGUAGAGUUAAAAAAUCUUAAUCCACAAAAUGAAAUGCGUCGUACGUUCGGCAAAAGAGUGGUAAAAAUUGAAAAUAAACGUGGCCGGCAAAAGUUGACUCUAAAAUCAACAUACAUGGUAACGGCUAAAGAAUCAUGGCCACCAGUAACCAAAAAUAUCAUUACAAUGAAACCAAUGCCAUCACCAGAUAAUGCGGGCACAAGUCAAUCCACUAUCGGUGGUAUUGAUAAAAUACAUUGGUUUGCUUUCGAACACAGUCAAUACUAUCAAAGUGUACAAAAUCUAUUUUUGUCGGCUUUAGAAAGAACCGAUUCAGAUUUUUUGAUAAAUCUUAUAAGAAGAUGUCCCUAUCAUGUGGAUUCUCUUAUACAAUUAAGUGAAUUAUGUAAAAUGACCGAAGAUUUCUCUUUGGCCAGUGAACUAAUAGAACGGGCUGUUUUGGUUUUAGAAUCAUCUCUACACCCCAGUUUCAGCUUAACCAAUGGUAAUUGUCGUUUGGACUACAAACGCCAGGAGAAUCGUUCUAUGUUUGUGGUGUUAUUUAAGCAUGCUCAAUAUUUAGAGGCUCGUGCCUGUUGUCGUACAGCAUUUGAGAUUUCUAAAUUGAUAUUAAGUCUAAAUCCCGAUGUUGAUCCAUUAGCCAUGGUAUUGAUAGUCGAUUAUUAUGCUUUGCGUAGUAAACAGUAUAAUUGGUUGGUGAAAUUCUAUGAAGAGUACGAUGUCAUACGUAAUUUAUCACAGCUACCCAAUAUGGCAUAUUCAUAUGCUUUGGCUUUGUAUUGUUUGCAAGGAGAAUGUGAAAAGGCCGAUAAUGCUUUACAAUAUGCUUUGCUCAUGUUUCCGGGUGUUUUGAAACCUUUGUUAGAUGAACUGUCUGUGCAAACAGAUAAACGUGUCUUGGGAUGUUCUUAUUUCAAUUCAGAAGUUUCGGGAAGUCAAUCUCCAGCUCUUCAUCAAUUGGUAUGUCUUUACAUUUGCCGAGCCAAGGUGGUAUGGCGUCAAAACAACUUAUUACCCUGGUUAGAGCGCAAUGUUAAUACUGCCCUAGAUCGCAUUGAUAGCAAGGAUGAAGUUAUACAGGAGUAUAGUCAAAAAAGAGCGGCCCGUUAUGUGCAACCACCAAGGCCCAUAUUAAGACAUGUUAUACUCUCCGAUUACAAAGAGAAAGUACCACUGGCACCAUUUGUAGCCAAAGAAAAAGAAGCCAUUAUGAUGUAUGAUCCCUUACCGCCAGUCGAUUCAGUAAAUUGUUAUGAAAGGAAGUCCUCCUCCUCAAGUAGUCCUACUACCGCCAACAAUCCUGUUUCAAUGUUUUUACGUUCUCUUUUGCCCUCAUUUAACCUUAAUAACCCAGGAGGCGCUAAUCCGGCCAAUGCAGAUCAACAACAGCAGGAAAAUGUAGUAGCUAAUGUUGAACAGGCGGCUGCACGAGUUGCUCAGGCUGGUGGAGGCAAUCGAGUAAACGAUGAAGUGGCCGAAGUGGAUCGUCAUUUACAAGCUCUUAAUAUGAAUUUGGAAAAUGCUGCUGUAGAGGGUGCUGCUGAAGGCACAGAGGCUGGUGCUUCAUAUCGUGAGUUGACACAGUCUCUUACCAAUAUUGUCGAUGCUAUGCGCGAUUUUUUGCAAGAUUUCCGCUUGGCUUCUCAAACCCCACUACCACCGGAAAAUGAAGAAUUCGAUACGACCGAUGAAGAUACAAGUGAUUAUUUUGGUUAAAAAAAUAACAACAAAAAAGAUCUUUAAUAAAAAACAAAACUAAUUCAAGGAUAUUUUUCGCCCUAAACACAAAUUUU